AUGGCUGACAACGAUGAGCUUGAGUCGUUCCGCCAACAGUGGCGUGAGGAGGUCACUCGUCGAUCAAGACCCAAGGCUGCCCCUCCUGCGUCUCCGACUCCGACUGCCCCGCCUCCGGCUCGUCUUCCGCCCACGCGCCAUGAGGCCUCUCAUCGCAAAGAGGUCGAGGAGGAGGGGCCCCCGCUGGCUUCCUUCGACCCGGAUGAGCUUGCCCAGCAGAUCGGAGCAUUAAACAUUAAACCAACCGAAGAUGACUUCUCACGCCGAGACGUAGCAGAACCAACAUCUGCAUUGGAGCAUUAUGAACGAGCGGUCGAGAAGGAGGCCGAAGGCAACUUGGGAGAUAGUCUUUCACAUUACCGAAAAGCAUAUAGGCUAGACUCCGCUGUCGAUAAGUCCUACCGGAAUAAGCACUAUGCCCAUGUAUGGAAGAAGUCCAAUCUGCCCGCACCUACUGCCCCUAUCGAUGUGAUCCAGCAAUCCGCAGAGGUACCGAUCCUUCCGACACCUGAGCUCAUUGCAUCAUUUGCACACCUGCCAAUUUCACAACUGGAUCCUAUCGUCGAAAACACACCACCACCCCCUUGCCCUAUUGCCACUGUGCCGUCGGAAGUGCUAGUGGAAAUACUGCGACAUGUGGCGAUGGAUGACCCGUCGGCCUUCGGUCGGAUGGCACUGGUCUGUAAGCGAAUGGCCUACCAUUUCGCCCAUGAACAGCAUAUCUGGAGACGGAUUUGUCAAGGCCGGGAAUUCGGAUUCCAGGGAAUGCAUUAUGACUUUUCAUGCGACCUGCACGGGGAACCGAUCUACACCCUUGCGCCGCGAUACACUCCAUUUCCCAUGGGCGCGCCUGUAGAAAUUCCACCUCCGCUGUCUUCAUGGAGCCAAGUAUUCCAGACCCUUCCUCGCAUUCGUUUCACGGGCAUCUACAUUAGCACGGUCAACUACACUCGGCCUGGUGCUGCAUCUGCCUACUCGAAUUUGUCGUGGAACAGUCCCAUCCACAUCGUGACUUACUACCGCUAUCUGCGUUUCUACCCAGAUGGCUCGGUAAUCUCGCUGCUGACUUCAACAGAGCCAGUCGACGUUGUCCCUCAUAUCAGCAAAGAGAAUGUCAUGGCGGCGCGCGUCCCAGCGCACCGAAAGCACCAACGGCAUCUUUCUGAUGCUGGUAAUACCCUGUCUGGAGCCACCGAUUCUUUGCCACCUGUCGCGAUGAAUACAUUGAAGCAUGGUCUUCGGGGCCGGUGGCAUUUGGCCUCGCCCGUUGACACUUCCGAAACUUCCGAAACCCCCGCCUCGGCCUGGAAGCCCGACUUAAUGUCUGACCAGAAAUCCCUCCUUUCCGACGAGCGGGAUCUCAUCAUUGAAACAGAGGGUGUAGAUCCCAAGUAUGUUUACACGAUGCAUCUAUCGCUACGUUCGUCAACCGUACCGAAAUCCGUUCAACUCGGGCCUGCUCCUCCGAACCCAUCGAAAAAUACAAAAUUAGCCUGGAAGGGUUUCUGGAGUUACAACAGGCUGACAGAUGACUGGGGCGAGUUCGGUCUUCGUAAUGACCGAGCAUUCGUAUUUCGACGCGUACGCGGCUGGGGCCUAGACUGA